CUUCCCUCCACUCCUUCUCAGUUCCCCUUCAGCCCAUUCCAGCUCCUUCGUUGUAACCCUGUGGUUGGGAUUUGUCUUUCUGGUGUGAACGAUGUGUUGUUCGGUGGGUUUUGCUCGGGCCAUGGGCCUGGCUCUGCUGCCACUGGCAGUCUGCUGUAUCCUGGCUAACCUGCUGCUGCUGUUUCCUAUGGGAGAAAUCACUUACAUUAAGCAGGAUCGUCUAGCUGGCUACAUCUGGUACUUUGGUGGACUAGGAGGUGGAGGUCUAUUGAUGCUGAUUCCAGCUGUGUCCUUCAUCACUCUGGGGAAAUGCAGCUGCUGCUGGAAUGAAAGCUUAAUGAUGUGCGGCUCGGUUCUGGCAGCUAUCAUUGGCCUCCUGGGCUCUGCUUACUGUUUCGUCAUAUCAGGACUUGCUUUGGUGCAGGGUCCCCACUGCUUCACCUCCUAUGGGUGGUCAUACCCCUUUGCAGAUCAGUAUGGCAGGUAUUUGCUGAAGCCUGAAAUUUGGCCACAGUGUCAUCAGCCACUGAACAUUGUUGAGUGGAACGUCACUCUCUUGUGUGUGUUAUUGGGCCUCGCAGUGCUGGAGUUCAUUAUCUGUCUUUUACAGCUUGGAAAUGGUUUGGUGAAUGCCAUCUGCCGGCCCUGCUGCUACAAGCAGGAGUAUAGUCUUAAUGCUUAGAAGGAAACAUGAGAAGGUAUAUUCUGCACAGACAACAAGCAGAAAAACACACAAACACUACAAUAAUGCUCACUUCCUGUACAUAUGUUAAAGUCUGCACACUUGAUUCUGAAUCGGCAACUGUAAAAUAGAGGCAUUUAGUUAUUUCAUACUGAUGAUCUAAAGUUGAGGGAUGAUGGAUUUAAUGGAAGUGAUUGUAGCUUUGUUACAUAUCUCUGUUCUGAACAUGUUGCAUUAGGGUGUUCUCUCAAUUGCACAUGUCAAUAUUAAAACUUUUCAAAGUCAGCUCAUUAUCACAAAGAAGUGUGUAAAUAAGUCUUGUUAUUGGGAGCUGUAUUGGGUCUAGAAAUGCUCUUGAAAGAGACAGUAAGCAUUCCCAUGAUUUGAUUUGAUGAUUUUAUAAUCUUCAGCAUCAUCCUGUCAAGUUUUUAGAUUUUUUUUCUUUUUUUUUAGUUUUUUUUUUUACUUUGAAUACCUGUUGUUGUAAACUGUUUCCUGGAUAUCUACCAGUUGCUAAUUCAUUACUGACUGAUAUUUUAUAUCUGUUUUUAGUGAAGUUUUUAAAGUCCUGUGUGUUUUUCGGUGCCUUGAAUAAAUGAAUUAUGAAUUAUUUACAUUUUAUAUGUAGG